AUGAUUAAGUUGAGGUCAAAGAGGUUUUGCAGAAGCUUUAGCAGCUGUAAGCUCAUUAGCAGUAAUAAUAACAAGAUUAAAGCUGCUGCUUCUGCUGAUCAAAGUAAGGAGUUUGGAGGAGCCACUAAUAACAAUGGUGAAAUCAAAUGGGAGCUUCGACCAGGAGGCAUGCUUGUUCAAAGGAGAGAGACUGCGGCUGAAAGCAGUGCUGGAGAGGUCUUGAUCACAGUUAGAGUCUCAGCUGUGUCUCAUUGCUAUGACAUCUCCAUUGAAGCUACUUCAACAUUUGGCGAAUUAAAGAUGAUAUUGUCAUUGGUGACUGGCAUGGAGACAAGAGAGCAGAGGCUGCUUUACAAAGGGAAACAGAGAGAGGAUGGUGAAUAUCUACACAUGGUGGGUGUUAGAGACAAGGACAAAGUGCUUUUGCUCCAAGAUCCAGCCAUCAAGGCAAUGAAGCUUCAUGGAAUCGGAACUUCUACGACGUGUCGUACGAUUAGUGUAUGA